UCGUGGUGCCCACAGAAAAGAUGGCGCUCGCUGCGGCAAAGCAUCGGAAGUGAAAGAAAAAGGCGUCGUGGUGUAGAAUGUAGCGCGCAUAUUCUCGGAACCGGAACGAAGGGAGGUGGGAAGGAAGGAAGGAAGCUUCCCAUCGCGUCAUAGAAAUGGAUAAUUUUGUUGAAGAACUGAGGCAAGAAACAAGAUGGCUGUCCACAGAAGAAACAGAGGAUGAGUCUGCAACCAAAGCUCUGGUUCCAGAAAUUUAUUUGCCUUUACUGCCAAAACAUUUCAACCACCCAACAGAUAUGGCUGUGAAAUCUUCAGAAUUCCAAACGAUGAAAGAGGAUUGUUUAUGUUGUAUCCAAGAUGCUCUCUUACAAAGUCAGUGGCAGAGGGCUGCAGAAUUAAUGAUAAGCUACUUGGAAAUGCUGGAAAAUACAUCUUCAGAAAAAAGGGUGACAUCUCAAGAGGAGAUUUGGAGAAUAGGAACAGAAAUCUUGCAGCAGCAUCCACAGAGUAAUAUAGAAGAGGUCAACUAUUUUGCAGAUCGGAUGAAAAAUUUAGGAGUCAAAAGAUAUUUAAAGAUUUCUUUAGAGCAUGCCUUCCACCUUUUGUGCAGCGGAUUUCUGGAUGAAGCCUAUCAGAACUUGAUCUUGACUGAAAGUUGGCGAUAUGGAGAAGAAACUGUUGUUCAGGAAAAAGAGCUGAAGCUUGUUCAAGCUUAUAAGGGGCUGAUAGACUAUUAUAUGUGGUUAAAAAAGAAGACUGACCUUUUGGAGCUGGAUGACGACAGCUGUACACAAGCUUCUCUUCAGCAGGAAAUGCAUCACUUGUACCAGCAGGCUAAAGUCAGCCUUAGGGAAAUAAUCAGAAUUCCUGGAGUUUGGGAUCCUUUCGUGAUUUGUUAUGUGGAUUUGCUGGAACAUUAUGAGGAGUAUGAAGAAGCACGGGAAGUGUUAAGUGACUAUGCAUAUAAUUCCAAGUUCCCUGCCAAUCCCAAUGCUCAUGUCUACUACUACCAGUUCCUAAAGAGAAGGGGAGAAUCAAGGAAAACACAGAUCUCUGCACUGCAGAUCCUGCAUGAGCUUGUUCCUUCCCAUGAACUAAUGCUGGAAUUUUACAACUUGCUUAAAAAAUCAAAAAAAAGAAAAAAACAUAAAUUACAGCUGAAAGUUAUUUUUGCAGCUUUGGAUUUUGCUGGCUGGAAGGAAAAUGUAAGAGCUUGGAAUUAUUUGGCAAAACAGACAGUAGAAAUUCUGCAAAACUCUGAUAAGCAAUUUCACUGGCUGAAAAAGGAGUGGGCUAUUCGAAAGGACUGGUGGCCAGCUUUUCAUUUCAGUCUUUAUUUGGCAAAAAGUAACUGGCAGGAAAACAAAAAACUCACGUGUGAAAAAGUUCUGAUAGCUGGCAUACUGUUGGGAAAAGACUGCAAGUACUUUAAGUCUGUCACCAAAGAAGGUUGUAAAGUUCAGAAGAAAAAGUUCCGACAGUUGAAGAAAUUUGUGAAAGAACACAGCUGGGUCAGUUUAAGAUUGGCUGAUACGUGAUUACUUAGUAUCAAAUCUCUUGAUUUUUUUUCAAGGGUGUUAGAUGAUAUUGAUGUCCUGUAUACACAAGUCAUCCUGACAAACAAUUUUUGUAAAAUCCAGGUAAUUCUUGAGAGAUACCAGUCACCUAAUGGCUGUUUGAUGUUACAACCCCCACCCCCCCAAAGCUACAUAUGAUCCCAUUUUGAAAUAUGGCUGCUGCAGCAUGCCUUACAACUGGCCACAGGGAUGCUGCAGCAUUGCCCACCUCUCUCCCCCUCUCGCCUGCCCCACUGGCAUCCCACAGUGCUUGGUCUAUUCCCCAUGCCUCCUGGAAGCACCUGCCAUUUUCCAUAUAUUGACAGUUCCUUGUGGAAAUGACGGCUGCUUUCAGAGCAUUCUGCCCUGAUCAGCUGACCGUUGGGAUACUGCAAAGCUCUCCUGGCUCUUGCUAAGCUUUGGCGAUGCCAGCUGCCUGAAUGCAAAAGUGGAAGCUUUAGGAUUCAUCUUCCAAAAACUGUUCUCUUGCUUAAUUCCCUCCCUCCUCCAGAAACCCACAUUUGUUCAAUAAAACAUAAAAAAAGCUAGAGAGACAGACUUGUUGAUCUUUCUUCCCCCUCCCAGUAGGUGCUGAAACUAAACUCUCCACCUCUGCAUUUCAAUCUUGAUUUUUUAACCCCUUCAUUUGCUAAAUUUACUGCCACUUUACCAUGAUAAGUUGAUUGCUGGGCUGAAGAGUAGAGGAAAGGAAGGAAGCGAGCAAAGAAAAUCUGGAGCUCAGCUCAAAAAGUUCAGGCAUCUGGAGCAUAACAUGUGUAGCAAACGGCCAGCCACAGCAGAAGCUUGGUCCUUGGAAAGCUUUUUGCUGCAUUUCUGACUCCCUUUUCAGGAGUCCUAGCUGGGUCCUGAAGGAAAAUUGGACUAGCAGAGAAAAGCUUGGAAACCUUUUGGAAAGCUAUUUGUCUGAUUCUAGGUUCAUCGCCUAAUUUGGGGGAGGCCUUUUAACUCCCACUUUUUAAAAAAAGAAAUUGAAGAAAUGUGGGCUUCUGGAGGGAGGGAGGAAGUUAAGCAAGGGAAAGAUUUGGGGAAGAUCAUCCUGAAGCUGCCUCCUUUGUAUGCAGCUGGCUGGCUUCCCCAAAGCCUAGCAACAGUCAGGAGAGGUUGGCAGUAUCCUGAUGGCCAGCUCAUUGGAAUAGAGGCUAGCCCACCAGCGUAGCUUUUAUCAUCCAUGCAUAGAGGCUUGUUUGGAAGCUUCUCUGGUAUUGGAAUGUGGUGCUUGGCCCUAAUCUAGCUGGGCUCUUCGCCCCUACUAAGCUGUUUUUGGCUUUGCAAAACUUUUUGCUGCUCAUCUGCUCCACUUAACAACUCACACAUUGUUUAACAGCAUCAGGGAGAGCAGGGAUGGGGAGGGGUUGUUAAGCAAGGCUGUUUUGCUUAAGGGCCAUCCCCAUUUGCAACCGUAAUGUUGUAUGUCUACUGUAUGUAUAAGAAUUGUAUAUAUUUUUUUACAAUAAAUGUUUCUGUAAUAAA